AUGGCCACCUGGUGGCAGGCUCUGUGGGCCUAUCGCUCCUACCUAUUUGUGCUGCUCCUGCCCAUUGUCCUGCUGCCUCUGCCCAUCCUCAUCCGCACCAAGGAAGCCUACUGUGCCUACGUCAUCAUCCUUAUGGCCCUCUUCUGGUGCACGGAGGUUCUGCCCCUGGCGGUCACAGCCCUCUUACCGAUUGUCUUGUUCCCCAUGAUGGGCAUCAUGGAUGCUUCUGAGGUCUCCACUGAGUACCUAAAUGACACCAACGUCCUGUUCAUCGGGGGGAUGCUGGUAGCCAUCGCGGUGGAGCACUGGAACCUGCACAGACGCAUUGCCCUCCGCACGCUCCUCCUCAUCGGGGUGCGGCCUGCCCUGCUGAUCCUGGGCUUCAUGAUGGUCACAGCCUUCCUGUCCAUGUGGAUCAGCAACACUGCCACCACGGCCAUGAUGAUACCCAUUGCCCACGCUGUCCUGGACCAGCUGCACAACAAGCCAGCACAACAAGCCAGCAAGGACAGCAAGGACAUCGAAGUGGGCAACUGCAACCCUGCCUUUGAGCUCCAGGAAGCAGGUCUCCAGAAGGAGGAGACCAAGCUUGAUAAUGAACAGGUCUCCCCUGCCCAGCCUGCUCCUUCCAAGCCCAAGACACAUCAGAACCAGGAGCAGCUCCGCUUCGCCCAGGGCAUGAGCCUGUGUGUGUGCUACUCGGCCAGCAUCGGAGGCAUAGCCACGCUGACUGGCACCACGACCAACCUGGUGCUGCAAGGCCAGAUGAACUCGCUCUUCCCCAAUAAUGGCAACGUGUUGAAUUUUGCCUCCUGGUUCAGCUUCGCAUUCCCUACCAUGGUUAUCUUGCUGGUGCUGGCCUGGCUGUGGCUACAGGUCCUCUUUCUGGGAAUCAACUUCCGGAAGAACUUUGGCAUCGGGGGAGAGGAGAGGGAGCAAGAGAAGGCAGCCUUCCAUGUCAUCCAGACAGAGUACAAGCUGCUGGGCCCCAUGAGUUUUGCAGAAAAAGCUGUUACGUUCCUCUUUGUCAUCCUGGUAGCGCUCUGGUUCACCCGGGAACCUGGUUUUUUCCCUGGCUGGGGCGACCACGCUUUUCCCAACAAAAAGGGGCAAAGCAUGUUGUCCGAUGGGACUGUGUCUCUCUUCAUUGGCAUAAUUAUGUUCAUUGUGCCCUCCAAGUUCCCGGGGCUGAUACAGGACCCAGAAAACCCAAGGAAGAUGAAGGCACCUCCUGCCCUCCUCAACUGGAAGAUAGUGAAUAAGAAGAUGACCUGGAAUAUCAUCUUCCUGUUGGGUGGUGGCUUUGCCCUGGCCAAGGGCAGUGAGCGCUCAGGUCUGUCACAGUGGCUGGGAACCAAACUGAUCACACUGCAGAAUGUGCCGACUCCUGCCAUUGCCUUUAUCCUCUGCCUCCUGGUUGCCACCUUCACCGAGUGUACCAGCAACGUGGCCACCACCACACUCUUCCUGCCCAUCCUGGCCUCCAUGGCUCGGGCCAUCUGUCUCCACCCACUCUACGUCAUGCUGCCCUGCACCUUGGCUGCCUCCUUGGCCUUCAUGCUACCAGUGGCCACCCCACCCAAUGCCAUUGCUUUCUCCUUCGGGGGUCUCAAAGUGUCAGACAUGGCCCGGGCAGGAUUCCUACUCAACAUCAUUGGUGUGCUGGUCAUCACACUUGCCAUGAACAGCUGGAGCAGCCUCAUCUUCAGCCUGAACACCUACCCCCCCUGGGCCCACAUCGACAACACCACAGUCCACUGUGGUGGUAUAUCCAACAUCAUGCCCAACUUCACAACAACCAGCCCCAGCCCCUAG